GUCAUCGAAACUUCCGGUCCAGAUGGAUCGAUAAAUCGUUAGCAGCUUAACGGUCUGCAGCAUCGCAGAGAGUGGUUUGCCUCUUCGUGCCAGCCCCAGUGCUUCUGUCCAGGAUGCCGCCAUGACAGUGGAUUUCUUCCGUCGCAGCAGUUUGUUGAGCCGACCUGACAAACCAAAAGAAUAUUUCUGGCGGAUCAAGCGUUGCAGCGGUCGGAAUUCCUCCAAGUUUCGGACGACUUCGGCUUCUCUCGUGCGUGGCAAUACGAGAUAAAUUCAUAUUGUUGAGUUGGAUCACGAGCGAAGGCUCGGUCGCACAAUAUAUCUAUCGCAACACUUCUGUCGAGGGCGCCACCUCAAAUUGACUAGGGAAGGGGGCAGUCGGGCAGCUCAGGAGGGAUUCAACAAAUGGCUGACGAUCUCGAUAACCCACGCGACGUUGAGCUCAGCUCCCUCUGUGCCAUCUACCCUGAGCUUCAACAAUUGCAUCCCGACGACCCGUACACGAUCGCCCUCGACGUCCCUGUCAACCCGUCCAAAGCUGUUACCGUCUUCUUCCCCGCCGUCGCCGACGAUGCCCUCCCACCGAGCGCGAACGGCGCCACCAACGGCGCCGUCGUUGCCGGUCCAGAUCAACAAGCCGCCGUCGAUUCUCACGAGCUAGCACACCUCCCCUCACUGCGUCUUGAGAUCACCGUCGGUCCACGGUACCCCGCCGAACAGCCGCCGCAAGUCGCCAUCUCGACCAAUCCGCCAUGGCUCCCAGCUGAGACCGUGAGGCAGUUGCAGGAGGAUGCUUCGCGGUUGUGGGAAGAGAUAGGACGGGACAUUGUCGGGUUCACCUACAUUGACCACGUGCAGCAGGCCGCCGAGAAUGUCUUUGGUCUGGUCGACGAGAAGGGGUCGCUGGCGGUCGAUUCUAGGCACAAGAUUGCUAUAUUGGACUACGACAUCCAGGCGAGAAAGGCGGCGUUUGAGAAGGAGACUUUCGACUGCGGUGUGUGCUUAGAACCCAAGAAAGGCUCAGUAUGCCAUCGGAUGCUGGAUUGCGGUCACGUCUUCUGUGUUGCCUGUUUGCAAGACUUCUACAAUAACGCCAUCAAGGAAGGAGAUAUUGCAGCAGUUAAAUGCUUAGCACCUAACUGCGCGAAGGAGCGCGCCAAAGUUACCUCCUCUUCAGGCAGGAAACGCAAGAAGCCCAAGACCUUCAUCAACCCCAGCGAGCUGCUGCAGAUUCCCCUCGACCAGGAGACGGUCAAACGCUACGUGACCCUCAAGUACAAGACGGAGCUUGAGUCCGACAAAAACACAAUUUACUGCCCGCGUCAGUGGUGCAAUGGCGCCGCGAGAUCCAAAAAGCACAAGAGACCGCAAGGCCUGGAAUUGGCUGAGGCAUCGGACGAGUCGGCCUCUGAAGAGGAAGACGACGGAGACCACGCCGAGGACGUGGGCAAAUCUAAACCAUACAAGCCCGCCGAGGAGCUCCUGGCCAUUUGCGAGGAGUGCAGCUUCGCCUUCUGCAGCCGCUGCUACCAGUCGUGGCACGGCGAGUUCUUCCGCUGUACUCCGCGCCGCGACAAGCAAGAGCUUACGGCCGAAGAGCUCGCCUCGAUCGAGUACAUGCGGCUGCACACCACGCCGUGCCCUACGUGUGGGGCGCCCGCCCAGAAGACGCACGGCUGCAACCACAUGAUCUGCUACCGCUGCCAGUCGCAUUUCUGCUACCUCUGCUCCGCCUGGCUCGACCCGGGCAACCCUUAUCAGCAUUUCAACGAGGCACCGGACGGCCGUGUUACCGGUUGCUAUAUGCGCCUGUGGGAGUUGGAGAUGGGGGACGGCGACGACGUCGGCAUUGGGUUCGCGGGCGGUCCCGGCGGGGUCGCAAACCAAGCGCUGCCUGUACCUGUUCAGGAGUUCAUCCCGGAAAUUGAGGAACCCGAGGAGGAAGCGGAGGCCCAUGCUGCCGGGCAUCCCGCUCCGCCGCCACCUCUAGAGGCACAUGCGGACGGCGGACAGGUUGGCAUAGCUCGUGAGGGGCCUCUGGUGCUUAGGAUAGCUGCCAACCAGCCGGCGGCGCCCGGGCGUGGAGGACCUCGUGGCCGACAGCCGGCGGCGCCUGCAGCCCAGCCAGCAGCGCCAGCGCCGGGAGUAGCUCGAGGAGCGCCAGGACCAGGGGCCAGAGCGCGGAAUCAGCAGCCCGCGGCGCGAGGUGGAGGACCCCAGCAAGCAGCCGCUCGAGGAGGUCCAGGUGCGGGAGCAGGACCGGCAGCUCAGAGGGGACAUCGCGCGCCAGGGGCAGGCGGUGUUCCCGCCGGACAGCAGAGGUUGCGAGGAGGAAGAGGCGGUGGCGCCGCCGCUGGCGGACGUCCUGCGCAGCGGCAAUAUCCCAACAACAAUAACCCGGCGAAUCAGGGCGGCGAGCGCGCACAGCGUCCCAAUAUCAACAAUGCCGACUUGGGCGAUAUCGGGGAAGACGGCGAGUUGGCGCCUGUCCAUCAAGACUGGGUCAGGCAGUUUGUACGGCUUGCGCUGAAUGACGAGGAGCACAUCCUCUUUGAUGGGGACUCGGAUGAUGACAUCUGAAGGGAGGAACUGGUGCAUGUGGCCACUCACAGGCUGAGAGCGAGGAUUGAGAUAUCCCCUUUUGAACGAGACAAGACGAAAGACAUAACCUUAGAUUCACGCACAUGACACAUCAAGAUACAUCGAGAGACAGCGAUCUGGUCCCAUUUUGGUGAUCAAUGGAUGGAACCAAAGAUGCCCACCUUGACACUCGCCUUACCCUGCCCAACGCGACAUCGCAAUGUGGUGCGCCUGUCACACUGUCUGUUCCUGUUGAGGCCCUCCCGUCAACGGCUGUUCCUGCCGAUCCGUUCCCGUUCAUUCCUCUUACUUGAGUUAGCCCCUGGUCUGCAGGUUCCAUGUGCUUGAAGAAGGGCAGUCUGCUAUGAACCGCCGUGGUCCAGUGCUACCUACCAGCAGCGAACCACCGUUGGGGUGCAUAAAGUGCCCUAAGGCAUGUAUGGUUGGUUACAGGCAAGGUACCUUGUAGGCCCGCAUGGAUAUUACAGCAGAGGGCACGC